UUACAAGAUCAGUCUUUAAGCAUAUUGGCUUCAGGUGUCAGAGUAAGCAUUUAUCCUCUAUAUCCACUACACCUUCCAGGAUGAAUCUUAUUCUUCCCAUCUUUUUGUUUUUCGGUGUUUUCUUAGCCUUGUGUGAUUACUCGGAUGCAUUGAGAAACACGAGAACGAGUAGAUAUGACCCCCGCCGGAGUAGACUUCAGGCGAUGAGGAAUCCUCUUGCACGUUCUGCGCUACGGGCUAGACGCCCGACGAGCGGAAGUCGAAGAGCAUCCCAGUUGAGAGUCAUGUCGAGACGACGCGGAGGAGUAAACGCCGCUACCUCAAUUAAAAACACGAAGAACUCUGACACAAAACACAUCAAACAGACGAUUAUUAUUGCAAAAACAGCUAACAUAAUGUCGCCGAUUGGUACUCAGAAUAACGACAAAACUGCAAUUUCUAGCCGGGGAAGUGGAGGUGUUCAAAACUCGUCUCCUCCGAGAAAUCUCGCAAUCUCCUCCACCAGAAAUCGAAUACUCCAAGCUGGAAAUCGCAGACCAUUUCGGAGAAACAAUGGUCAAGCGUCGCCCGCUGCAUCAAGAGCCGGGAGUCAAAUGAAUGGCAGAUUAGGAGCUUCCGGUCGAGGUGUAGGAAGUCGUGGUUUCGGAAACAGACAUCCAAGUAGUCUCGGACACCAAGGAAGCCUUGGCAGUCGUUUUGGUAACUCAGGUGGACAUGGAAGCUCAUUGGGGGGACACGGAGGUUCACAUGGUGGACAAGGAGGUCAAUUUGGAGGAAAUGGAGGUUCGAUGAGUGGACGUGGAGGUUCAUUUGGUGGAAAUGGAGGUUCAACGGGAGGACAUGGAGGUUCAUUUGGUGGAAAUGGGGGCUCACUUGGAGGACAUGGAGGUUCAUUUGGUGGAAAUGGGGGCUCACUUGGAGGACAUGGAGGUUCAUUUGGUGGAAAUGGAGGUUCAACGGGAGGACAUGGAGGUUCAUUUGGUGGAAAUGGGGGCUCACUUGGAGGACACGGAGGUUCAUUUGGUGGAAAUGGGGGCUCACUUGGAGGGCAUGGAGGUUCAUUUGGUGGAAAUGGGGCUUCCAUGGGAGGACAUGGAGGUUCAUUUGGUGGAAAUGGGGGCUCACUUGGAGGACAUGGAGGUUCAUUUGGUGGAAAUGGGGGUCCAUUAGGAGGACGUGGUGGAGUUGAAAAUCACGGUAGCAAUACGGGAGGUCACGGUGUAGGAUCAUCAUCUGGAAUAGCUCAUGGAGGAUCACAUCCUUCUAAUCACGCCUCUCCUCAAAAUAACUUCAGAUCUGUUCAGAACAAUUUAGGUCAGUCCGGUUCUAGUUCAAACUUUAAUAUUGCUGAUAUGCUUCUUUCUGGACUGGGAGUAGCAUCGAGUUCGCCUAACCUUUUGGCCUUAAUGUCCAGUGGAACCCUCAAUGCUGGGGGAGGAACGAACGGGAUGGCCUCGAAUGCUGCAACGGUCCCUGAUUUGACUGGUUUGUUCCGAGGGAAAGAGGGAGCAACGUUGUUAAACAGUCUCGUGCAGAACAUUAUUGGAAACGGUGGCGGAAUGGGGGUCACGGCGCCUUCAGUAAUGACCGGACCUACAUCACUUCCGAUGAUUUCACAUGUCGGCAGUGGCGCACAAGCGAGUAAAACUGUUUCCGCAGGUGGCGGACAACACGCGCCUAUUAUCAUAGAAGCUGGUAGUAAUAUACAGGUCGGUUUUCGACACACUAACGGGGGUCCAAAUAUUGUUAUAAAAUCAGCAGCGACGACAACUCCGCCUCCCACUUUUCUUGCCUCGGCAACAGCGAUGAAUUUACCUGCAUUAGGCAUGGAAUUAGGAGAAGAAUUACCUUGAUCAAGGCAGAGCAAAGUAAUUGGUUUUAAUAUAUUGUCCUUUUCUCAAAGGGAUACAUUUAUAUCCUCCCUUCAAAAGGCGAGAGAAAUGACGGCAGGGAACAAAUAUGUCCGGUGGGCGCUCUUUGUUAACAUAAUAAUGCGUUAACUCUCUGCUCGGGGAACACAACCACUGGUUCCUAAUUUUGCGUUUGGUUACAUUAUCGAACACAUUUACAAUCAUAUCUUUGUUUUUGCUUUUUUAUGUUGAUUAAAAGAUUAAAAGUGAUAUGAUUAUUUAGAUAACUAAACAUUAAAAAGAAAAAAGAUGAAAUAUAAUCCUUUUUUUUUUGGCUUUAUGAUAUAAUUGUUUUAAUUCACACAGGGUCAACUUUAUUAUCAUUGUAAGAUCAUUCACUUAUCAUUGUGUCGUGUCUUUCAAUGUUCUUUUGCAAACGCCUAUCCCACGUUACUUUCGAUUUACCUAAUGUUCCCAACCCUACGUCAUAUUCCCCAUUGCUCUAUAGUUUUCAUCUAUUUUUAGCAUCUGGAGUGCUGUAUUGAUAUAAUUACGGUGUAUUUGUAUACGUGCAAUUGUAAAGUGAUAUGUAAAAAUAUGGACGGAGAAUAAUGUGAGUAAUGAAAACAAUAUCAGAUCUGUAAAUAUAUUUACAUACUUAUAUAAAUGUAUAUAUGAACAUUUGUUGAUCGAAUUAACAUGUAUAUCAUAUAUUUACUUGAUGUAAAACCGGUUUUAAACAUAGAUUUAAUGGUUUAGAUAGGUUGAUGAUAUUGUUGAUGUGUAAUAGGUUGAUCAUCUUCUGCGAUGAUUUGUUAUGCUUAUGGUUUAACGCCCAUUAAAAUUUUUCCGAAGAUACAAUAUCUCAUCUUAUAAGUGUACGUUUUGCUAAAAAAUAGAAAAUAAAUAGACUGAUUAUGAUCGACUGACAAGUUGUAUAUUUUCAUACAAUUCCAAAAGUUCUAUGAAUUAUAUUUUUACCACUUGUUUGAAAUUAAAUUUGAUAAAUCGCAAAUUUUAUUACAACGAUCUCGUAUCCGUCAUCAUGUGUAAUUGUUUUACAAAUAUCUUAGCGAUCACUUUUAGGGCGCAUUGUUUUCGGUAUAUGUUUUGCAAUGCUAAUUACUGCAUUAUUUGUGAUAUAAGGUAUGUAUGCGGGCCAUGGCUUGUCGAUGGUAAACUAAUAUAUCUCAAAUGUCGUUGUUUGUUAUACAUCCAAGAUAAAUCCCAUUAAGACAUUAGCUAUAUAGUUUUACAAGUACGUCCAAGGUAAAUGUAUCGUUACCAUUUCUAGGUCACUGGACUUCGGGAAGAAUUUAUCAAUAGAUAGUAACCCUUAAUGAAAAUAUAUCAAAUAUUAUAUUUCUUACGUUGUGUUACAGCCUUAUUUAAAGAUAUCCAUGUUUAUGUGUUAACUUAUAAUGAAUACAAGAAAAUAAUAAAAUUCUUCGAUAUCAUUUUCAGUGCCAGUUACAAAAUUCCUCACAAUUUAAAACCUCCACAUCCUUGAUGUUACGUGAUAGUAAAUGGUAGGAAUAUCAAACAAUAUACAGCUUAAAAGGUAUUGUACCAAAUAUGUCAUACUACGAACAAAAAUGGAACGAUAUAUCUAUCAAAUUAUUUUGUUGAGGACAAAAGUGCUUUAAUCCAUAGUAAUGCAUGGAAUACAUCUAUAUGUUAUUGACAUUGUACAAACAUAACAUAUUGAAGAUUAUUUAUCUUGUAAUAACUAUUCUACAUUAGAAUGUCUAAACUAUUAUCAAGCAACUAAUCAAUGUUGCAAUAAUCAUUAUCUUACACUUAUCUUUAUAGCUUAGCUUAAUUUCUGAGUUUUUGAGUCAUACAACAGUCAAUACACUUUUGGAGGGCAGUGAGUUACUAUAAAUUGAUAAAAAAGGAAGAUAUGUUAUCUACCGAAGAACGUCAAAAUGUCAACGAUGUAAUUAAUAUCUAUCAAAGAAGCUUUGAAUUAAAUAGAAAGAACCAAACCAGAAAAAAAAACAUUAAAAGAAUAAUUAAAGCUGUAGAUGACGGAAUUUUUUUUUGAAUUCGAUUGAACAUGUGAUCUGAAUAUUAAGAAAAUGCGUUUCGUAUCAAUUAUAUAUUUGUACUUUGAAGCUAGAUCAUGGAUUUAAACAUAGAUCACAUAUUGUUUAAAAUGUUUCUCUUGUAUAUGACUAUAUAAUUGAUUGUUGAGGCUCGCUUUAUUUAAUCCCAAGUUAUUCGUAUCGCGAGAAAUUGAUUAUAUAAGAAAUAUCUAUUUCUGUGCUAGUGAAAGUUAUUGAUAUGAAGCAUAUACAGUAUGUACUUUUUUUAAAGGCUGAUACACUGUAUGUGUGUUGAAGUCUGUUCUGCACGUGUACUCAUUAGUCUGACAAACAAGGUAUACUAUUGAUAUUGUAAAUGCCAAUACGUUCAAUAGAAAAUGUUUUGCAUAUCAAUAAAACAUAAAAACAUUGAAUGUUAAAACCAUAGAAAAGUUUCGGUUGAAAUGUUGCUGCUAAAAAUGCAUUCUUCUCGGUUUAAUAAUUUUUGCAAAACCGCAAAAAUUUGGACCAAUGAAAAUCACAACAUUUACAAUAUUACAGUUAACAAUGGAUAACACCAGACAAAAGUAUGUCGAUGAUACAGGUGUUUUUUUUAAUUGCACAACACGCCAAUUGUCACUUCCCUAUUUCAUUUUCCCUCACAGGGGAUUAUCUCAGAUAUUUUAUAUAUUCUUAUGUGUAUGUGUGAGCAAAUGUUUACUUCUAUAUAAUUAUGGGUUAUGAAAAUGUACAGUGUGAACUGUAAUAAAAUCACGUUUUAUAUAAAA